CAUGGGAAUAGGUGAAAGAGAGAAAGGUGCACGCCAUAACUACGAAUUCCCCUCUGUUCCCCCUACCUCUCGUGCACAAGUCGUCAGUCGAAUUGUCGAAUUUUAAUGGCGGCCGAUCCUAACUCCCCGCGUAGUGUUAUUGUAAAAUUUGACUGAAGUGUGGUGCCCCAUGUACGUUUUUGAGUGAUAUCUUUAUGGAUUAUAGUGCAAUAAUAGUGGAACAUCAUCUGUCCAUUGUCUUUUUCUUUUUGUGAGCUCAUUUUUCCUUAACAAAAAAGGGUCAUGGUAGGGUAUUCCAGCGAUGGGUCGUAGGGACUCACCCGUUUUCACCCGUGUAUUCAUUUUUGCCCUCUUUGGCUCUACACCUUCGUUUAUAAAGAGGUGUGGAUGAAAAAAGGAACGUGAUGCAAAUACCUGGACGUACAUGUUGCUGGUAGUGCCAACUUGAAGCUGGCCAACUACCAGCGGGGCACGUGUUCCUCCAGUCAAACCUUUCAAUUUUCCUGUCCGCUCCUUAGUGCGCUCGCCCGUUCGCGAGUGCGUCUCUCAGCCUUGCUAUUGUCCACCACAUCAUGAGAAUCUCAGGACUAUCGUCCUUUCCCAUUCGUCCUCUCGUGCCGCCACCACCCCGAUUGUCAUCAUCAUGCCCAUUAUUGGAUCCCCCGUCGUCGUCGUCGUCCUUUACAUGCAUUGCCAUUUGGUUCUUGUUGAUAUUGGCAACAACAGUGGCCAUCGAUACACCCGCAAGCAGUUCACUCCUGCCCAAUCAUGAGACAUCACAAUCGCCUCACGUCGUAGUACAAUUUCCCUCAGAGGGCGAUCAACGUCAGGGUCUCAUUCCCACACAUCUCAAUGCAUCAAGAGAAAAUUCUCUCAUUUUUAAUCAUUUUACAUUUGAUCCCAAUAGUGGACGUCUCUAUGCAGGCGCAGUCAAUCGAUUAUUUCAACUUGACUCAAGUCUAAGGCUAGAAGAAUUUGUCGCAACUGGACCUAGACUAGAUAAUCCACAGUGCCAUGCGACAGGUUGCACAUCAAGAGACAUGACCACGUCCCUGAUGAAUAACAUCAAUAAACUACUCGUGGCUGACCUCGAAUCAAAGACCCUAAUUGUUUGUGGCUCUCUGCUUCAAGGCGCCUGUGAAAAGUACAAAAUGUCGAACAUAUCCCUAAAACCCGAGUUCAUUCCCCAUAGUGUUGCAGCAAAUGAUGAAAAUUCAUCAACUUACGCAUUCAUUGGACCUGAACGUUAUAAUCCCUGGGGUCGUACAAAUAUCCUCUAUGUUGGCACAACAUUCACAAAUAAUGGCGAAUAUCGUCACGAUGUACCAGCAAUAUCAAGUAGAAAUCUUUAUUCACUUGAAUUUGCCGAAUAUACAUUUAACAAACAAUCAAUUUUACAUAUUGACGUAAAAUAUCGUGAUCAUUUUUUGGUGAAAUAUGUUUAUGGUUUUAAUGCCAGUGAUUAUGCAUAUUUUGUUCUUGUACAAAAACAAUCUUAUCUACCUGAACAAGAGGAAUUGGGUUAUGUUUCGAGAUUGGCACGCAGUUGUAUAAGCGAUGCAAAUUAUGAUAGUUAUACAGAAGUGACAUUACAAUGUAGCGUUGAUGGACGCGCUGAUGUUUAUAAUUUAGUACAAGACGCAAAAGUCGCAUCAGCUGGAAGCGAUUUGGCAAUGCAAUUGGGAAUAUCAAUUGGUGAUCCAAUUUUUGUUGCUGUCUUCUCGCCAAGUAAAGGAAUAACAAAUGAUGCACUGCCAAAAUCUGCAUUAUGCGUUUAUAGUCUUCAGGACAUCGAAACAAAAUUCAACGAAAACAUUCAUAUGUGUUUUAAUGGAAGUAUCAAAUAUAGAAAUAUGGGUUAUGUUAGUGGACCGAUUCAAGAUGGUAAAUGUCCUGCUGCUGGCACCACUGGGAAUAUUUUAAAUUUCUGUGAAGUUGGAUUAAAAAUAUCCGGAGUAUCGCCAAUCGUUGGACAAAAUAUUCUUAAUUUUCCCGACACUUAUGUGACAUCAAUAAGUGUUGCAAAUACCGAAAGUCAUACAGUUGCGUUCUUAGGUACCAGCGAGGGAACAUUGAAAAAAGUUUUAUUAUCGGGAAUUGAUGCAUCGGUUUAUGAAACAAUUGUCGUUGAUAAAGGACAAAAAAUAUUGGCUGACACAGCUAUUGCACCGAGUGGUGAACAUCUAUAUGUUUUGUCAUUGUCGAAAAUUUCCAAAGUCAAAGUUGAACAUUGCGGUAGUUAUACGAAUUGUACGAGUUGUUUGGAAGCCAGAGAUCCUUAUUGUGGUUGGUGUUCACUCGAAAAAAGAUGUACUGUGCGAAGAGCUUGUCAAAAAGCAAGUCGCAGCAGUCCAAGAUGGUUGUCAUUAGGAACAGGACAACAGUGUAUUGAUUUUGAACAAGUGCUUCCUGAUCGUAUCCCCAUUAAUCAAAUGACAACUGUACAAUUGACAAUUAGAACUCUACCUGAAUUGCCAACUGGCACAACAUAUAAAUGUGUGUUUGGAAAUGCUGAGCCAAUUGAUGCGUCUAUGACUGGAUUUGGACUCUCCUGUCCAACGCCAAUUACAUCAUCGAGACCAAAUAUUCCCGAAGGCACUGAUCAUAUUUUAGUUCCACUUUCAGUGCGUUCCAGUGAAACAAACAAGGACUUUGUAUCACGUAACUUUGCCUAUUUCGAUUGCUCGAGGCACACUGUUUGUUCAGAUUGUGUUAAAUCACAAUGGACUUGCAGCUGGUGUGUCUAUGAUAAUAAAUGUACACACAAUACGAGUGGAUGUCAAGGAAACAUCAUUUCCGGCGAGAAUAAUCAAGCAAAUCUUGCUGCUCAUGGUGUGCAAUAUUGUCCUCGUUUUGUUCAACGUGAUUCACGUCUAAUGUUGCCGAAUAAUGUGCCGAAGGAGAUUGCACUUGAAGUUGAGAAUUUACCACAUCCACAAGUUGGACACACGGGAUUUCAAUGUAUUGUGACGAUUGAAGGGGCAAAUUUACGUGUACAGGCGCGUGUUGAUAGUAGUCGAUUUAUUGUUUGUGAUAAAACAAUUUAUUCAUAUGAGGCACUUUCGGGUGAAUAUGAAGCGGCAGUGACUGUUGUUUGGAAUACAAAUCAUCAUGUUGAUCAGACAACGAUUGUACUUUAUAAAUGUGAAGUACUUGGAUCACAUCGUGAACAUGCGGAUUGUUCACUGUGUGUCACAAGAGAUAAACGAUAUGAAUGCACAUGGUGUGGAAAUAGUUGUGUCUAUCGACAUUCGUGUCUUCAUUCACCAUUUUCCGAAUGUCCUAAACCACGAAUUGACAUGAUUAAACCGUUGAGCGGUCCAAUUGAGGGUGGAACUUUGGUUACAAUCGAGGGUAGUAAUCUUGGAUUGAAGGAAAGUGAUGUGGAGGGAAAAAUUCAUAUUGGAAAUACACCUUGUCAAUUGGUUGAUUAUGAAGUUUCGGUGAGAAUUGUCUGUCGAACGGGACGUCAUGAGGCAACUGAUACAGCUACUGUUGUCGUUGGUAACGAUGCUGGUUAUACGGAAAGUGCGGUUCUAUUUAAUUACAAGGAUAUAAGACUCACGGGAGUUUUCCCGUCCGUUGGUCCUCAAAGCGGUGGAACUAGACUUGCAAUAACUGGAUCGGAUUUGAAUAUUGGAAGUAAAAUUUCUGCCUAUUUGGAUGAAUUGCCUUGUCAUGUUAAUGCAACACAAGCGAGUAGUACACGACUAACUUGCAUCACAAGUAGAGCGAGUCACGUGAGAAGAAUUCGACGUCUUACAUUGAGUAUCGAUGGUGCAAAUAGAACACUCGAGGGGAAUCCUUAUAAUUACACUCACGAUCCAACAAUCAUGGAAAUAAAACCUCUAAGAAGUUUUGCAUCCGGCGGUCGUAUGAUUACUGUUCAUGGUACAAAUUUAGAUACAAUUCAAAAGCCAGAAAUGGAAGUUUACGUGGAAAAUGAAUCGAAAGCUGUCAAUAGAACUGUUUGUAUUGUUUUAAAUCCAACACAAAUGGAAUGUCCGAGUCCAAGUGUCGCUGGAAGAUUUCGAGCUUUGAGUAUGAUCAGAAAACGAAACAAGAGAACAGCUGGAAGAAAAGAGACACAGUUGGCGUUAAAAAUUGGUUUCAUUAUGGACAACGUGGAAACGGUUCGUGAUCUUGAGAAACAUUUUCAAAAUAUGAGAAAUCGUCUUCUUUACGUUGAAGAUCCAAAAUUCUUUCCAUUUCCAAAGGAUGUGAAACUCUAUAAAGGUGAUACACUUGUAAUUGAGGGGGAAAAUUUAAUUUACGCCAGUGAUGAAUCAGAUGUGAAUGUAACUGUUGGUACUUUACCGUGUAAUGUAACGUCACUUGCAUUGACCCAAUUGGUUUGCAUUCCACCUGAUCAACAACCAGCCGAUACAGAUGAACUUGGAACAAAAACUGACAGGGGUUUACCUUUAGUUGUCGUUCGUAUUGGUCGAAGUCUUCGUUUUCCAAUUGGUUAUUUACAUUACGAUGUGAUUAAAUCGUAUCCAAUACCACCGGAAGCAAUAGCUGGAAUUGCCGCUGGAACAUUUGGUUUAGUAUUUCUCUUUGUGUUGGUGUUGGUAAUUUAUAGACGAAAGAGUACGCAGGCAGAACGUGAAUAUAAAAGAAUACAAAUUCAAAUGGAUACAUUGGAAAGUAAUGUUCGAAUGGAAUGUAAACAAGCAUUCGCUGAAUUACAAACUGAUAUGACAGAUCUAACGGCUGAUUUAGAAUCCUCUGGAAUACCAACAUUGGAUCACAAGAAUUAUAUAAUGAAAGUUUUCUUUCCCGGUGUUAUAGAUCAUCCAAUAUUAAAUGAUCCACGAAGUAAAUCAACAUUAACGAGAACUAAUUAUGAUGCGGCUAUGGUACAAUUUGAUCAACUUGUCAAUAACAAGUGUUUUAUUCUCACUUUUAUUGAGACAUUGGAAGCACAAAAGGAUUUUAAUAUCAGAGACAAAGUGAAUGUUGCCUCUCUUUUGAUGAUCGUUCUUAUGAGUAAAAUGGAAUAUGCAACUGAUAUUCUGAUGAAUCUUUUGUUACGUUUAAUUGAUAAAUCAGUCGAUACGAAACAUCCACAAUUAAUGUUGAGGAGAACUGAAUCGGUUGUAGAGAAAAUGCUAACAAAUUGGAUGGCAUUGUGUAUGUAUAAUUAUUUAAAAGAUUACGCUGGUUCAUCAUUGUUCCUUUUGUUCAAGGCAAUUAAACAUCAAAUUGAAAAAGGACCCGUCGAUGUUAUUACACACGAUGCAAGGUAUUCACUAUCGGAAGAACGUCUUCUGAGGGAACAAAUUGAUCAUUCGGUUGUCACUCUUCACGUUGUUCAGGAUGAUCUUGAUGAAAAAAUUCAAUGUAAAGUUCUUGAUUGCGAUACAAUAAGUCAAGUGAAAUCGAAAAUUCUUGACGCUCUCUAUAAAAAUACACCCUUCUCAUUGAGACCCUCCGUCCAUGAGGUUGAUCUUGAAUGGCGACACGGUCGUGGUGGUCAUCUUACUCUACAGGAUGAAGAUUUAACCACCAAGUGUAAUGGUGAUUGGAAGAAGAUCAAUACUCUUGCUCAUUAUGGUGUGAAAGAAUCGGCUGUCAUGUCUCUUAUUCCACGACAAAAUGAUGGUUUCUCCGUUGCUUGUAAACAACCAUGUCACAAUUGUAAACCCUCACAUCAACAUCUUUUACCACAACAACAUCUUCAUCAGCAGCACUAUAAUCGCCAUAUUAAUCAUUGUUCGACAUUACAUUUACCAACAACACCAAAUCAUGGAUUAAUUAGUCCAACAUUGUAUUCACAUCCUCCAGGUGGUGGUAUUUAUUUUGAUCCACAACACUCACCGCCAAUGAUAACAGCCAAUGGCGAUAUUGAAAGUGGUCACGGUGGUAAUCAGAGACUUUAUCAUCUUGUCAGGCCAUUGGAUGAGGUGCAUUAUGGUACUGGUAUGGGUUACGCGAGUAGUAAACAACAUCAUCAUCAUCAUCAUAAUCCCGAACGAACGCAUAAAGCAAUUCCUGAAAUAUUUUUAACGAGAUUACUUUCCACUAAGGGAACGGUACAGAAAUUUGUUGACGAUUUCUUGAAUACAAUAUUAACGGCAAAUGAUGCUCUACCAAGUGCUGUUAAAUGGUUAUUUGAUCUGCUUGACGAAGCUGCCAAAAGACAUGGAAUUGUUGAUCCUGAAGUACCACAUGCAUGGAAAUCAAAUAGUUUACCAUUGAGGUUCUGGGUGAAUUUUAUCAAAAAUCCUGAUUUUAUGUUUGAUAUUAAUAAAACAACAACUGUCGAUUCAAGUUUAUCAGUGAUUGCACAAACAUUUAUGGACGCGUGUUCAACGACUGAACAUCGACUUGGAAAGGAUUCGCCAUCGAAUAAAUUAUUAUUCGCUAAGGAUAUACCUCACUAUAGGGAAAAGGUGGGACGCUUUUAUUUGGAUGUACAGAGAUUACCGCAAAUCACCGAUCAAGAAAUGUCGAGUGCCAUGCAACAGCUCAGUGCAUCCCAUGCUAAUGAGUUCGAUGUGAUCGCAGCACUUAAGGAGUUGUAUAUCUAUGUCAGUAAAUACUACGAACAAAUUCUCGAGGCCUUGGAGACAGAUGCUGGCUGUCGCAAGUUACAUCUAGCACAUAGAUUGGAAAAUGUGGCGUGCACACUCGAGGGAGAAGAGACUAGUGCCUGCUGACACAACCUUUCAGCUAUUAUUGUGGAACCCGUCGAUUUCUCCAGAAACACUGAUUAGUGCCUCCACUUGAAAGCAUCAGGUACACACCUCGUUACAUAAAUGUACAAAUUUACCCGCAGCCGCACGCGACUUGAACGAGAAAAUUCCACGCAGUGUUCAUCGGGUUAAAACACUUUAAAAAACAUCACCGACAAAAAUUAACUCGACGAUCCGCGAUUUCCCCGUUUUUGCCCCUCGGCACUCCAAUUUUCUUUUCAAUAACAUCCUCGCACGAACUCUCACAGAAAAAAAAAAAAUUAUAAUUGAGGAUAAGAUCCCCUACCGUCCAUUAAAUGACGAAAAAAAAAACAUCGACCCACUUCUGUUAAAGUUCGUGCAAGGUUACGUAAAACAAAAAAAAAGAAAAUAGACAUUAAAAUGAUAACACAAAAUGCAAGUGAGAAAGCCAUAGUGUCCACCAGACUGUUUGUAUAACAAUUUAUACAGCAGCGAGUAGUCUGUGAUCCGAGCACACGAGUGGCUAUGCCUACUAUCUUCAUUAUUAUUAUUAUUAUUGAUAUGUUAUAUAUAAUUAAAAAAAUACAUAAGAAUUAUAUAUAUAUAACAUAAAUAUAUAUAAAUAUAUAUAUAUAUAUAUGAGAAGCAAGAAAUCACUCAACAGACGCGGAUUGUAGUGAGCUAGCUAGAGAGGGACUAUAUAUGUGUAAAAUAAAGGGAUGAAGAGGAAGAGCACGAAAGAAAAUUAAAAAAAAAAGAUAUUAAAUUUCUAUAUGGUAACUAAGGUUAAAGGGAAAAAAAACAAAAGAAUUAGGGUCGGGGGGGAUGAAAUCACGAGAGAGCAGCUCAGUCUACUCUAGGCCUAGCUACGUAUUCCAAGUACGUAAAUCUCUUAUUCGCUUUGUUUUUAAUUUUUUUUUUAACUUUAUUGAUUUAAAUAAUCAAUUAUUAGCAAUUAUAAGCAUUGAUAAAAUGCUAUUUUUGCAGUAAUGGUAAUUGAUUCUUUUUCAAUACACUAUUGUUAUACAAUAGUGCACUGUUGGAAUUAUCACAUCAUUCUUAUAACAAAAAUUUUUUCCUAUUUAAAAGCUGCUAAAAUAACAAAAAUUUAUUAAUUAACGAAAUUUUUCAUAGAAAGUAAAUAUUUUUUUCUAUUAUAAGAAAAAGAAAAUCGAUCUGAUAAUUCCCAUAGUGUAAUUGAUUAUUUAUCAAUACUAUUAUUAGACAAUGGUAAUUUAUAAUUACUAAUUUUUGAAAUUACGUUUAAGUAAAAAAAUAUAAUAAUAUUAUUCUGUUUUCGACAAUAAUAAUCGAAAACAUUCGUCGUUAUUUGACGAUUUUUUCUUUUCAUUUUUUUUUUAUGUAAAAAGAUUUACUUCUGUUAUUAAUAUGUCUACUAAUCAAUUGCAUUUAGAGGAACAUUUUUUUUAAUCCCAAUGGAACGUAUACUGCUAUCAUGUUUCUCUUUAAAAGAAAGAAAAAAAAAACAUCAUUGUCAUAAAAGCCAUCAUCUCUCAUAUUGUCAUCAUCACUGUCAUUCCCAAAACUUUUGAAUUAUUAUUGUAAAUUGUUGUAAGCGUAGGUCUUAAAAAGAAAAUAAAAUAAAAACACUUUUUAUACCAGUGCUCGAGGCCAUUCGGUAUCCAUAAUAUAUAGGUUUAAUAAUGUGACAAGAUUUAAUGUUAAAUCACGACUUUUUAAUAUGGUGCGAGUGCGCGAUCAUUCCGCUAUUUUUUUCUUAUAUGAAUUUCACGGGAGAAAAAAACACAUUUUCGUUUGUUUCUCAUCUCUAUAUUGUAUUGGUUUUUUUUAUUUAAAUUUAUUUAUUUUUUUAUAUAUAUCAUUACAAUAUUAAUAUUCACGAAAAUAUUUUCAGUUUUCAAUAAUUAUUUUCAUUUAAAUAAUGAAAUUUGUUGAUAAAAAAAAACUAAUGGAUUUUAAUUCAUUUAAAAAAAAUUAGAGAUACACUAAAAGUGGAAUAAAAAAAAAAUUAAUCAUUUAGAUGAUGAGAAACAAAAGUUGGGUGUUUUUUGUCAUUCAUGAAAUGGAUCGAUGACAAUGACAAAUCAAGAAUACUCCUUCCAGUGCAUUUACACUUGACUGUUUUUUUUUUUAAAUAAGUUUUUGCAAUCUCGGGCAGAUAAUGCGUUAUUUAUAAGACUCAGCGCGCGCACUGCCAUGGCUCUCUUUGCGCAAUGAACAAAUGUUUAUGAUUAAUUAUUUUUAUUGAUAAUUAUCAUAAUAAUUAUUAUUAUAUUAUUAUUAAAAUUAUUAUUAUUAUUAUUGUAAUGUGUAAGUUGAUACUAUGUUAUAUCUGCCAAGAUCCGAGCGAUGAACGGACGUGAAGUUUAAGAUCCCCGGAAAUCAGAAAUUUGACAAAAAAAAAAUAUUUGUCAAAAAAAAAAAAGGAAAAUCUCUCAAUUCUCUCUUGUACUUAAAUACUCAUUAAUCAUCAAGUUUCUGGUUACCGGGAAUCAAUGACCCUAUGUAUCUCUCUAUAUGUACUGUAUUUAUUUAGGUAUACUACGAACAAACUAGCUUUAUAAAAAAAAAACCCACGUCUUGUACGGCGAUCGCUCUCUAAAUGUCGCGGUUCGCACGUCAAUCUGCGUUGAUUGUAAUUUUUAAUACGGUCUUCCGGGCUCGAAAUUGCCUUCCCCCGCGAUUUAUUAAACUCGAUGGAGAAGGCAUCUCGAGUCUCGUUAUAAAAAAGUGAGAGAGAGAGAGAUAAAGAAAGUAACGAAAGGAUCAUUCGAUUAUUAUUUCAAUCAAAAUUUUAAGAAAUUCGUUAAAAACAUUUUUUUUUUAAAUUAUGUCAUUACAAGAAUAUGUUUAUACAAUACAAGCGUUUUGUCAAAAAAAAUUUUAAACUAUUUAUCAAAUAUAAAUUUGUAUAGAACUUUCUCUAUUUUAAAUUCAUAUUUGAAAAUGAGAAAUAAUGGAAAUUUUAACAAAAUUUUGUAUUCUAGAAACAUAAAUAUCAUUUCAUAAUUUUGUUUUUUUUUUAUAUUGUAACAAUUUUGAUUGAAAUCACAAUUGAGUGAUACAUUAAAUGAAAAACGUAGAUUGCGUUUUGAAUUAAAAAAUAAAAAAAUUAUGUGCAAUCCGGUUCCAGCUUCUGACGGUGAUAAACGUGUGCGCUGACUGUACAGAACUCUCAAGGAAUUGUUGUCAGAUUAACAUUUUCUACUCUUUAGAAAUAGUAAUAAUUCAAUAUCCCGAUCAAUGAACAUUGUAGAUUUUUAUACACACACUAUUGUAAUCGAUGAAUCAUCAAAAAAAAAAAACUCAAUAUUAAUUGUCAUUUAUCAAUUUUUCUCCGCGAAGUGAUAUUUCAGUGAUCUUUAUUAUUUAUUUAAAAAAAAAAACAUAUACAUAUUAUACUCUUUUUUACACACUUGAUAUUAUAUAGAAUAUAAAAAAAGAAUAGAAUUUAUACAUUCAAUUUUAAAUCCAAUGAAUUUGUAACCCUCAGAAGCAAUGGACGAUUAUUUUUUUUUAUACAUGAAACUGAAUUUUUUUCCAUAAAUGUAAAAGGUUGUAAAGACUCGUUUGUAAUUUUUGAUUUUUUUUUUCCUUUUCGGUUGCAACGCACAGAUUGACUUUUCUCACGCUAUAUAGCUGUAAUUAAAAAAAAUGGAUAUAAAAGAAAUAUUAAAGAAGGGAAGAUAGAAAAAAAAAUGAAUGACGAUAUAGAAAAAGUGAAUUUUUGGCGAAAAGUUCGCAUCGAAACGCCCCGAAAACGUCCGGAUUAUACUUCGAUGUAAUUAAUAAGCCCAUUGACCGUUUUUUAUUCCAUCCAAGUUUGAAGAAAAAUGAAGCUUUGUCAAUUGUGCGUGUAACGUAAAUGCAAUUCGAAGUGUAAGAACGGCCGCUCGCAGGACCGUGAUUAAGUAGCAUUAUAUUUCUCUAGAUUAAGGGAGAGUUGAAACAGACUAAAUCGACGCUAAUUAUUAAGUGUUUUUUUUUCGUUUAUCGAUUUUAUCGUUUUAAAACGAUUAUAAGAAUUUCUUUUUCGUUAAAAACGAUUUUUUCGAUAAUUUUAUACAAACUUUAAUCAAUCUAAACAAUAGUUUCUUUGGAUUAUUAUUUUCUGAAAUUUAAUUAAUUAACAUAAAAAGGAAAAUCUUUUUUUUGCAAUUUAAUUUACAUUUCAGAAAAUUUGUCUUUUAAAUUCCUCGAGAAAUUGAAUUUUCAGUUAGAAUGAAUUUAAAUAUAUUUUGAAUUAACAUUUAAAAUAUGCAUACAAGUUUUAAUUGCAAUUAAAAUUGAAAUAGAAAAGUUUUAAGGCGGUAACCGCCCCUCCCAAGGAAAUUGUUUUAGAUUGACUAAAGAUUUUCUUUUUUUUUUUUCUUCAAUUUAUGGAAUCGAGCGGAGAAAACUUUUUGCACUUUAAAGAGUGAAAUAGUUGUUCUAUUGGCCGAAUGGAGGUGAAUGUACUCUACUACAUUAUAAAUAAACACAGUGGCGUAUAUAUGUAAAAGUGAACGCGUAUGUAUGGUUUACAAGUGUACGAGAUUUAUAUAUAUAUAUACACUAUGUAUAUAUGUGUGUAUUUAUUAAUACACGCGAAUGUGUUUAACAUACAUAUAUAGAUAUGUAGAGUGAAGAAAAAUGUAUGAGUGUAUGUGCGCGAAUGCUAAUGUAAUCCACAUGACCCGUUUGUAAAUAUAUUCCCACCCUCGUACCCUUCACCCGAAAAAAAGAAAAAAAAACAACUUAGCUAAUAAGUUACACACUCGAGAAACGAAAUGACUCUUGCCAAAUUUUCAAUGGGACGUAGGGAUUAAACUUGAAAUUAAAAAUCGCAAAAAUAUAUUGGUAUUAUAAAUGAA